AUUCUUGUCAUUUCAUAUAUGUCUUCACAUCUAUUACACGGUAACAUUGUUUUAGAAUGUCAUCAAAUGACAAUGAUACAGUUUCUCUCACUAGUGAUCUUCCUCCCUCUCUUCAUAAAGAUGUGUUCACAUCAAAGCUUUCCUGGGAAGCUGAUAUAAUUGCAGGAAUUUACUUAAUAAUCACAGGAUUCGUAUCAAUAUUUGGAAAUGGAUAUGUGAUCUAUUUGCCAAUCAAACAGAAGGAAAAACUGAAACCUGCGGAACUGAUGACAGUUAACCUAGCAAUUUGUGAUUUUGGGAUGGCAGUUGGAGGUAAACCUUUCCUGAUCAGUUCUUGUUUUGCUCAUCGAUGGAUCUUUGGUUGGAUUGGCUGCCGCUGGCAUGGAUGGUCAGGGUUUUUCUUUGGAUGUGGUAGUUUGAUUACAAUAACAAUUGUAAGUCUGGACAGGUAUCUGAAAAUUUGCUAUUUACAAUAUGGUAUUUGGCUUCAAAGGUGGCAUGUCUUCAUAUGUUUGGGUUUUGCCUGGCUUUAUGCUGCAUUCUGGGCCACCAUUCCCCUAGUUGGCUGGGGGGACUAUGCUCCUGAACCUUUUGGUACAUCCUGCACUCUGAACUGGUGGCUUGCACAAGUCUCCGUAGAUGGGCAGGCCUUCAUUCUGAGCAUACUAUUUUUUUGCCUUGUGCUGCCAACAGCGAUAAUACUAUUCUCCUACGUAAAAAUCAUAGCCAAAGUAAAAUCGUCUGCCAGAGAGGUUGCACACUUUGAUUCAAGAAUUCGAAGUAAACAUUUACUGGAAAUGAAACUUACAAAGGUGGCGAUGUUAAUAUGUGCAGGAUUUCUGAUCGCUUGGAUUCCAUAUGCUGUUGUUUCAGUGUGGUCAGCCUUUGGUACUGCUGAUGCAGUGCCAGUUAAAGUUUCUUUCAUACCAACUAUGUUUGCAAAGUCAGCAGCAAUGUACAAUCCUAUCAUUUAUCAGUUGAUUGACUGCCGAUGUGGGAUAGCAAAGCUUUCUGGCUGCUUCAAAUUCUCAUAUUCAAAACCAUCACGCCAGAAAUCUCGGAUGUCCUGUACCUGCUCAGAGACAUCCAGGGCGCUGGCACCAGGGAAGCAACACACCAUUCUAGAGUCUUGUUCAUGGGAACAGAAACCCCUACCUGUGCCCUUGACUAUUGAGUCACCUACUACUGUCGCUCACCUGGACUUGAAGAUAAGAACAGUCUCAGUGAUUGGAGACUGUAAUUCCGUGGAAGAGAAUGAAACUCAGCUGGAGAGCUGAAGUUGGACUGAAGAAAUUGCUUAGAAACUUUCCUUACAACUUAUUAAUUGAUAAUCAACUUUUUCUGGACAGACCUCAAUUCGUGAAGACCAAAUUUUUUAAAAAAUGUCUUGAAUAGUAAUUAUACUGCUUUAUAGGUACCAACAUGGAAAACAUACUUUUGCCUGUAUCAAUCUUGAUAACAUCCUAAAAUUUAUGAUUUCUGGUGCAUUUCAGUAGAGAUUUAAUAUUUGCUUUCCCUGAGAAUGCUUAUCUAAACACAAUAACAUUCAGCAAUGACUAAUUCAAUAUUUUAAAGUGCAAAUAUUAUGUAUUGUAUUAAAUGUACUGAAUAGUUCUGCUUGAAGUAUGUUGAUGUAUUUUUUUCACACUUAUUUAACAUACAAUCUUAUUUAUUGAUGAUUUAACCUUCUAGAAAAGGACUAUUUGUGAUUGAUGGAACUGUUGUGAUGUUGUGAUUAAUGAUCAUCAAGUAAAUAUAUUUGAAGAGUAUUACUGAUUUUGUGAUAAUAUCUAGGAUGGUGCAAUGAACAAUGGCAUCAAUUUGUUUACAAUAUAUAAUUUUUUUUCAAUUAUUCCUUUUUCAAAAAUAGCAAAAUAAUAUCCAGAAUAUUUUUUCAGCUUACAAGAGUGAAAAGCUAUCAUAGUUAUGCACAUUUGUACUGUUUAAAUAGUAUCUUCAAAACGUAAUAUCAGAAGACAAAACUUCAAUCAUUCUUAAUA